AUGGGGAACUUUGAUAUGCUUCCUGAAAAUAUGAUGUUAGAAAUAUUAUCUCGUGUUCCAACUGAAUAUGUUUUAGAAUGCAAGUUGGUAUCAAAACCUUGGAGAGAUCUGGUUCAACUUCCAUCCUUGUCUCAAAUGCACUUGGAUCAUCAUCUCAGUGAUUCUUCUGCUGGUAAGUUGAUUUCUUUUAUUUUCAGUUGUCGUGAAUCAAAGAUUAAAGAAUUUUAUUAUAGUGAGUAUGAUGAAAGUUGUCAAGAGGCACCCUUUAAUAGAAGAACAAGGAUAAAUUUAGGCCCUCCAUUUGAGAAUAAUUCUAUUAUUGGUUCUUGCAAUGGUUUAGUUUGUUUCAGUAGAAGGGUUAGAAAAACAUUUCGUGAAUGGGAUUAUGGACCUGCUUAUAUUUGUAAUCCAAUUACUAGAGAGUAUAUCAUACUUUCAAAUUUUCAAGGAUUCUACAUGUGGAUUGGAUUUGGUUAUAGUCGUCUGUCCAAUGAGUACAAGGUUGUUAGGAUAUGUGAGUCCGAGGGAGAAGAUUCAAAUGUUGGAAUUGUUCAGGUAUAUACUCUGGGAAGUGGAAAUGGAUGGAGAAAUGCAGGAACGAUAGACAUCACUAUGGACCAGGUUUGUAAUGGUGUGUUUGUAAAUGAAGCACUUCAUUGGGCGGACGAAGAAGGAACCGUUAUUUUUGCUUUUGAUUUGGCUGAUGAAAAUUUUAGUCAGCUUCCACCACCACCACCUUGUUUGAGACGACCUGGUGUGCCAUGUAUUGAUGCUGAACUAAGGGUUUUAGGUGGUUUUCUAAGUGUUACUUACUAUUAUGAUACUGAUGAUACUGAUGACUGUGACAUAUUGUUGUUGAAGAAGAACAAAGAUAACAAUGCCUUUAGCUGGAGUAAAGAGUUUAGUCUCGACAAUGACACAUUGCUGCCAUUAGAGUUUACUAAGAGUGGUAGGUUUCUGGGAUAUAGGAAUUCCAAGAUUUAUAGUUACGAUCCAAAAGCUUCAUCUCCCAAAAUGGAUGUGAGUUUUGGCAAGUGUAUUUAUCAAGCAAUCCAUCACAAAAAUACUUUAGUUUCAUUAAAGGUGUUAGGAGAGAUGGAUACAAAAGCAAUGGAAUCAUGUGACAAAGAACAGUGA